AUGAUAAGUCAGAAAUAGGAAACCAUUUCAUUUAACAUAGUGAAUUUUCCACUUUCGAAGGAGUUACUCUUGGGGGUAGGAGCUAAGAGUAACUUUAUUUGUGAUAAACUUAACAUUCCCUUACUUUCUCAAAAAUAAUAAGUUGAUAAAAGCUAAAGAGCUAAUUUCAAAUUGUUUACAGAUGUAAACUAAAGUUAUAGGAUGUUGGGAAAGCACCACCACACUCAAAGAUUGAAAAUCUAAACCUCUUUGUGUGUUAAUGACUAAAUGGAAAAUAAAGAAAUAUGGAGAGAUAAAGAUAUGUCAACAAAACGUCGAUUGUCAUAAUAAAACUAAGCACAAAGAAUAUCAUUAGAAGGAUCAACAUCAAAAAUCAAGAAUGUCCUUAAAGACAGAAUGUCCUAUCUACCUUUUGAUUAAAGUUAUUAAUAAGACCUUUAAAUUAAGGAAAAUCGCGAAUAUGAGAACAGAAGAGUUAAAUCAUAGUUUGUUGUUAAAAAAAGUGAUCACAUCAUAAUUCCCAGAAUCAAACUUUUUAAUAAUACUUUAAUAGUAAGAAAUGAAAAAAAUUAAAGUAUCUCAAAUUAAAUUUACAAUAAACAAGAAAUUAUUAAUAAAUUAAAUAUACAAAGAAUAUAAGUUAAAAGGUUGAGACUUAAGAUCAUUGCCCUAUUAGUAAUUGCUAUUUGCAAGUUAAGCAAAAAAUAUAGGCUUGUUCUUUUUAAAAGAAAUUAAGAAAUGCAACAUUUUAGGAAGUUAAAGAUGCCUCAUUUAAAAUUUCUAUAAUUUUUUGGAUAGAGACAGAUUAAACAAUAAUUUUAAAAUUUUACGGAAAACCUAUUUUCUAAAAUUACUAGUUUAUUGACAAGUGAAAAUUAUAAUAAAGGUCUUAUUGAAAUCUUAAAGUAAAAAGAAGAAAUGAUUCUUGAUUUUUAGUAGUAAUAGUUAUGUUAUUUCAUAAAAUUACUUCUAUAGGAUUUAGAAUUGAUAACAAGAAAAAAUGUACUUCCACCUUUUAUUAAUCAUUCUUUAAACUUAAGUCUUUUUCGUGGAAAACAAACUUAAACUAGCUAAUUUGUAUCAAAUAGAACUUAAUUUUACUCUAAAACAGUUGUUUCUCUUAAUUCAGAAUAACAAGGAUUAAUUGCUUCAGAAUAUCUAAUUUUUACAAUAAUAUUACCUAUUAUUUUAGAGAUUGCAAAUAAAUAGGUUUUUACUUAAUCAAAUCGCUAAAUGAAUUUUUCGUUUAGUUUUAUUGCUCUUCCCAUAUUAUUAACUGACUUUUUCACAAAUCAUUUCAAAAAUUUACCAAAAAUUUAAAACCCAAAUGUUAAACCUAUUUAGCUAAUACUAACUGUUCUAGAAGACUAAGAAAUCCCAUUAAAAACUUAACUAAUUACUUCCUCAAUAUUAGAAAGUGAUGAGGAAUUGAUGAUAUCAGGAAAUUUUAAAAAAUAAUUUGUUUAUAGUAUAUUUAACGAAAAACCUAAAUACAAAUUUUAAAUGAAUUAACUCUUUUCAAAAAUAAUCAAAAACAUAGAAACAUAAAUAGAUAUUGAAAAUGCAUAAUUUGAUCUUUGA